CCGGCGGCGGGGGGCGGGGGCAGGAUGCUCGGCGACCCCACCCUCCGACCCCCUCCUCUUCCGCCCACAUCCACCGGAGCCACCAACACCAGGAAAGGGGGCGUAGGGCGAGGGAUGGGAGAGGGAACAGGGCAGGAGAGAGUAUGGGAUCGGGAGAAAGGCGAUUCCUUUGGGGGAGGGGCGCGUGGAGACCGAGUAUGAGUGUGAGUGCGUGUGUGCAAGGUGUGGUUGCACGGAUGCUGGUUGCUUCUGCGUAUCUGCGGGCGUGUGUCUGUUUGUAUUGUAGCCUGGAGUCAGUGCUCGGUUCUGCACCUGCAGGAUGUCCAGGUGUCUGCUGGGUGGGUCUGUACCUUUGGGCUUUGCCGUUCGUGUCCGUGCCUUCGCCACUGGGGGCUGGUCUGCAUUUGUGUCUCCGUACAUGGUUCUUUUUGUUUCUGGAGAGUAAAUUCCUGGAGCAAUUGCUAGACCUGCCUGCUGUCACCUGGCUGACACGGAGGCCCGCCCCCUUCUCUCAGCAGCCUGGGGCCCAGGCCCGGGCCACCAUGGCGCUACCUCCAGGCCCAGCCACCCUCCGGCGCACACUGCUGCUCCUGCCAGCCCUUCUGAGCUCAGGUACCUACUCCAGGCCCCAAACCCUGGAGUCCCUGUUCCCUUCACCCACCUACCUAGGUCCAACCAGCCAGUCCCUGGUGAGAGGACUCAGGCGCCCUUUCCCUUGGCCUGGUGCUCCUCUCACUGGGGCAAUUCCUGGUCACAGCACAGUACCAACCCUGCCUGACCCCUUCCCAGAGGCCCCCUGCUGUGUUCCAGGUUGGGGGGAGUUGGCGCCACAAAUAGAUGGUCAGACCUGGGCUGAGCGGGCACUUCGGGAGAAUGAACGCCACGCCUUCACCUGCCGGGUGGCAGGGGGGCCUGGCACCCCCAGAUUGGCCUGGUAUCUGGAUGGACAACUGCAGGAGGCCAGCACCUCAAGACUGCUGAGCGUGGGAGGGGAGGCCUUCUCUGGAGGCACCAGCACCUUCACUGUCACUGCCCACCGGGCCCAGCAUGAGCUCAACUGCUCCCUGCAGGACCCCAGCAGUGGCCGAUCAGCCAACGCCUCUGUCAUCCUCAAUGUGCAAUUCAAGCCAGAGAUUGCCCAAGUCGGCGCCAAGUACCAGGAAGCUCAGGGCCGAGGCCUCCUGGUUGUCCUGUUUGCCCUGGUGCGUGCCAACCCGCCUGCCAAUGUCACCUGGAUAGACCAGGAUGGGCCAGUGACUGUCAACACCUCUGACUUCCUGGUGCUGGAUGCGCAGAACUACCCCUGGCUCACCAACCAUACGGUACAGCUGCAGCUCCGCAGCCUGGCACACAACCUCUCGGUGGUGGCCACCAAUGAUGUGGGUGUCACCAGUGCCUCACUUCCAGCCGCAGGGCUUCUGGCUACCCGGGUGGAAGUACCACUGCUGGGCAUUGUUGUGGCUGCUGGGCUUGCCCUGGGCACCCUCGUGGGGUUCAGCACCUUGGUGGCCUGCCUGGUCUGUAGGAAAGAGAAGAAAACCAAAGGCCCCUCCCGGCGCCCAUCUCUGAUAUCAAGUGACUCCAACAACCUAAAACUCAACAACGUGCGCCUGCCACGAGAGAACAUGUCCCUCCCGUCCAACCUUCAGCUCAAUGACCUCACUCCAGAUUCCAGAGCAGUGAAACCAGCAGACCAGCAGAUGGCUCAGAACAACAGCCGGCCAGAGCUUCUGGACCCGGAGCCCGGCGGCCUCCUCACCAGCCGAGGUUUCAUCCGCCUCCCAAUGCUGGGCUAUAUCUAUCGAGUGUCCAGCGUGAGCAGUGAUGAGAUCUGGCUUUGAGCCGAGGGCGAGACAAGAGUAUUCUCUUGGCCUCUGGGCACCCUCCCAUUCCUCCAAGGCAUCCUCUGCCUAGCUGUGUCACCAACGUGAAGAGGUCAUGCCACUGCCACUUUUGCUUGCCCUCCUAGCUGGGGUGCCCUCUAUGUCAUGCAUGUGAUGCAUUUCACUGGGCUGUAACCCACAGGGGCACAGGUAUCUUUGGCAAGGCUACCAAUUGGACCUAAGCCCCUCAUGCUGACUCAGGGCGGGCCCUGCAUGUGAUGACUGGGCCCUUCCAGAGGGAUCUUUUUGGCCAGGGUGUUCAGAUGUCAUCCAGCAUCCAAGUGUGUCAUGCCCUGCUGUAUGCCCACCCCAGUACUCCACAGCACCUUGUACAGUAGGCAUGGGGGCAUGCCUUUGUGGGGGACAGGGAGGGCCCUGCAUGGAUUUUCCUCCCUCCUAUGCUAUGUAUCCUUGUUCCCUCAGGUAAAACUGAGGACCCUGCUAGCUAUGUAGAACCAAAUUGCCCUUUGUACAGGAACCAACCCCUGGCCCAGGGGCACUGGCGAAGCACAAGUCUUUUUUGCUGCACAGCUCUCUGUUCUUCUCUGCCCCUUCCGGAAAUUCCCCACCUCCUCUAGAGAAUUCUAGGUUACAUGUUGGACCUUCUCUACCACUUCGCUGGGCACUAGACUUUUCUAUUGGCCUGUGGCACCGCUCAGUAUUAGCACAAGUCAGGGAGGAAGAGGCAAGCGAUGAGUCUAGUAGCACCCAGGACGGCUUGUAGCUAUGCAUCAUUGUAUUACGGUGUUAGCACUUUAAGCACAUCCCCUAGGGGAGGGGGUGAGUGAGGGGCCCAGAGCCCUCUUUGUGGCUUCCCCACGUUUGGCCUUCUGUGAUUCACUGUGAGUGUCCUGAGCUCUCGGGAUUGAUGGUUUUCCUCUCAGCAUGUCUCCUCCACCAUGGGACCCCAGCCCUGACCAACCCCUGGUUGCCCCAUCAGCAGGAAGGUGCCCUUCCUGGAGGAUGGUCGCCACAGGCACAUAGUUCAACAGUGUGGAAGCUUUAGGGGGACAUGGAGAAAGGAGGAGACCACAUACCCCAAAACAACCUAAGAAUGCUUUAAAAGGCGACAUGUAAAUGAUUGGAAAUUAAUAUAGUACAGAAUAUAUUUUUCCCUUGUUGAGAUCUUCUUUUGUAAUGUUUUUCAUGUUACUGCCUAGGACAGUGCUGAGCACACAGUAAGUUUAAUAAACUUGACUGAAUUAAUUUA